UCGUCCCGCCCGCUUUCCUUACCUCGCUCCUCCUGAUCUGAUAACUCGCUUUCUUUCCCUCGACCGCCUCGCUUACCUUUCCUCUCUGUCCCUCUCUCUCCGACCUCCGACCCGCCUGAUCCCCGGCGCAUUGCUUUUAGGAGCCCCUCCCCAUAACCACAAUUCGCUACAGAUCGCUCCCAACAACGCGCUGACGCAAUGCAGAUGGCGGAAGCCGACCCCAACAUCAUGUCGUCUCUCCUGGACUCGACAGUUUACGGAAGCUUUGACGCCAUGUCCAUGAGCGUCGACAACCCAAACGACGACAACGCCAUGUCCACCUUCAAUUUUGUCGGCAAUACACCAAUGCCCGACGGUCUCCCCGACGAUACCCCUUCCAUGAAUAACAAUUAUUCCAAUAAUGGCGACGAUGCCUCCAGCGUCGUUGGUGGGGGCCCUAUGCCCUCGAGCGGCUUCAAUUCGCAGGCUCUGCAGCAAGCCGGGAGCACCCUCACCGAAUUCACAAAGAGACGCAACUGGCCAGCAAAGGUCGUCGAAGAGCUGAAAGAUUUCCUCAACAUACUCGACGCCCAUGGUCGCAUACGCUUCGUCUCCCCAAGCAUUCUCAAUCUUACCGGUUACACCGCCGACGAUAUCCUCGACACAUUCCUCAAGGACCUUGUCCACCCCGACGACCAGGGUGUCUACGUCGCCGAGCUAAACGAGUCUAUAGCAUCAGGAAACUCGCUACGCAUGUUCUUCAGGCUAAAGAAAAAGGAUGGUAAAUACGCUAUUUUCGAGUCGGUCGGUCACGCCCACAUCGCCGCGUCCAAGUUUGCGCCGAACCCGCACAAUCAAACGCCCUUUUGCCAAGCCGUGUUCAUGAUGUCGCGCCCGUAUCCAACAAAAAACGCAGGUUUACUGGAUUCAUUUCUGGAACACAAGAUUGAGAACGAACGUUUGAGGAGGCGCAUUGCUGAGCUGCGCAAGGAGGAAGAGAUGGAGAACGAAGAGUCGCAGAGGCAGUGGCUCCAAAGCCAGGAAGGCAGGUCGGACGUCACACCGUCGGAAACAACAAUGACAUCUGCCCCUAGCGCCAUAUCUCGGGCCGGUGACGGAGGCGACAGGUCAUCGGCCCUCAACGUUGCGCUUACACGUGAGGCACUGGAGGGUGUCGCGGGGAGCCGUCCGGAUUCAUUGAAGGAUAAGAUGGCCAGAUACGAAGGAAACUCCCACACUGAUACCAUCGAGAUGUUGACCGGACUGAGAUACAUCGAGGGCGAAAGAAGCCGCGGCAUCACGACAGGAAACGCGAGUCCGACCUUGGUCAAGGGAGACGCGGGCAUUGCGAUUCCACAAGACCGGGACCCUCGGACAGGUGACAAGAAAAAGAAGCUCAAGACAUCGGAGGAAUAUGUCUGCACGGACUGUGGUACCCUGGAUUCUCCGGAAUGGCGCAAAGGCCCGAGUGGACCCAAAACGUUAUGCAACGCGUGCGGCCUCAGAUGGGCCAAGAAGGAAAAGAAGAAUCGGCAUGGCAACAACAGCACCCAUCACUCAGGAUCGUUGCAAGUUGAGCAUGGCGGAGGUUAAGUUUUAAUGAGUCACCACUGGCGCAUUGGUCGGCAAGUGCCCACGAGGGCUGCCCUGGGCGUGGUCAUUCCAUAUGCACCGGAGUUGGCGUCUGGAAGACGGCACGGCGCAGGUUAUCACUUUGAGACGGACAUGCAGUUGUUUGCCAUGUUUCCAGCAGCUUUUGUUAUUUUUACAGCAACCAAGAUACCUGAAGACGAUUGGGUCGUGGGACGGAGGAAGAGCGUAGUUUUGGCAAGAGCAGUUUCCAACAGCAGAAUAUAUUCCAAGCCAUGUUGCUUCAAUGGGCGGAGUGAUCGUCCGGUCAGGCGAGUCAGAUGCAGUCGAUGUCCGCGGCGGCUCGGGCGGGACCUACCGGACGUGCGGUCCUGUUUAUCGCAGUUCGGCCGGCGGUCAACAUUCGACCCCCAGCACCAGCUAGGAGCUGU